AUGGGAUUCAAGAAAAGGUCUCCUCUUCUACUGGUUCUGCUCUUUCUCUUCCUCUCUUCCGGACUGCUGCAUUGCUUUGCGCAGUCAUUGGAUGAAGCGGAAGAGUUAGAGGGGUUGGAGAACGGUUCUUGGGCUGAUGAGUUAGAAGAUGAUGAGAAGGAGUUGAUGACAUGGAACCAGCAGGACCCAGCUCGUCGUCAAUACCAACAAUGUCAGCAACGUUGUCAGAGGCAACCACAAGGUCCAAGACAACAACAAUGUCAGCAAGCGUGCCAGCAGCAAUUCGAACGCCGGCGACAGCAACGCCAGCAAUGCCAGCAGCAAUGCCAAGGGAGAAGACCACAGGAAAGACAACAGUGUCAGCAAAGGUGCCAACGACAGAUAAGACAACAGCAACCGGAGUACUCUUUACCUGGGGAAAAUCAAGGAGGAAGAAGUAAUCCUUACUACUUUGAUUUACAAAGCUUUCUCUACAGAUUCCAGUCACAAGCAGGACACUUCAGGGUUCUACCAAGGCUUACUGAUGUUCGUCCUCAACUGUUUGAAUCUCUUAGAAACUAUCGGUUAGCUGUUUUGGUAGCACAUCCUCAGACAUUUGUCCAGCCUCACUACCGUGAUGCAUCAUCCGUUUUGAUUGUUACACAAGGAAAAGGAACUGUUUCUCUUGUAUGCCAAGAAGGAAGCGUUUCGUUCAACGUGCAGCGGGGAGAGGUGCUUAGAGUACCUGCAGGAGCUCUUGUGCACAUUAGUAACCCAGACGAUAACCAAGAGCUCCACAUAGCUCAGCUAACCCAACCCGUUUUCACUCCUGGUCAAUUUAAGGAAUAUUUUCUCACUGAAAAUGCCCAAAGUCAAAUGUCUGUGUUGAGUGGCUUUAGUCAAGAAGUCCUUGAGAGUUCUCAGAAGACACCAGUGCAGGAGAUACAUAGGGUUCUCCGGGGUCAAACCCAGAGACAACAAAUAAUCCACAGGGCCUCGCCAGAACAUCUCAGGCAACUGAGUCAACAAGCAUCUUCUACUCCAACACAAGAAACGAAGGAAAUAAUCAGACCAAUUAAUCUUCUAGGCCAGCAGCCUGUUUACUCGAACAACUGGGGCCAGUUCUAUGAAGCUCGUCCCGCUCAACACAGGCAGCUGCAAGAUCUCGACGUUUCUAUCAGCAUCGCACAAAUGAAACAAGGAUCAGUAUUUGUGCCUCACUAUAAUUCAAAGGCCAGCAUAUUUGUGCUUGUCACAAGAGGACGAGCGCGCUUUGAAAUGAUAUGCCCACAUGUCUCCAUUCAGAGCCAAGGUAGAGAAGAAUACAGUGAAGAAGGAGGACAACAGAUGCACAGAAUCGUAGCCGAGGUUUCAGCUGGUGAAGUCUUCCUUAUACCCUCAGGCCAUGCCGUAGCACUGAUCGCCCACGAAGAUACAGAAGCAAUCGGGUUCGGGGUCAGAGCACAGAACAACGAAAGAAACUUCCUAGCAGGGCAAAACAACAUCAUUAACAAAUUGGAGGACGCAGCAAAAGCUUUGACCUUUGGGCAGCAACACGUAGAAUCGGUGAAGAGGAUAUUUAGGAGCAACCCCGAUGAGUCUUUCUUUGUGCGUAGGCAGCGGCAGGGGCAGCAGGGAGGAGGAGGAGCUACCGCAAGAACAACAAGACAUAUCCCAAAAAAUGCAGCAACUUUCUUCGCCAUCUUGAUUGAGUUAAUAUUUGUUGUUAUCUUUUCUUUACACUAUUAG